AUGCAUUACCAAGCUAAUACCAUGUCAUCCUCAGAUUACGCCAAAUUGGUUGCCAGUCUUUCACCCGAGCAAAUUUUACAAAAAUGGCCUGACAUCACUCCAUUGAAAAAGAUUUCAGGUAUCCCAAGAUCAGCAGGAUCUGAUUCUUCAAACACUGCUAGUCAAGAUUCAAACUUGUUUGAUGGCCACGACGAAGAACAAAUUAGACUUAUGGAAGAAUUAUGUAUUGUUUUGGAUUAUAAUGAUAAACCACUUGGUGCUGGAACCAAAAAGUUAUGCCACAUAAUGGACAACAUUUGUCAAGGAUUGUUGCACCGUGCAUUUUCUGUGUUUUUGUUCAAUGAAGAUGGUAAACUUUUGUUGCAACAACGUGCGGAUGAAAAAAUCACUUUCCCUGCCAUGUGGACAAACACUUGUUGUUCACAUCCAUUAUGCGUGCCUAGCGAAUUAGGAAUUAGUUCCACCUCCGACGAUGUCAAUCAUUUGGCCACUGCCGUUGAAGGUGCCAAAGUGGCCGCACAAAGGAAAUUGGAUCACGAAUUGGGAAUUCCUUUACAAGAUGUGCCUAUUGAAAAUUUCACUUAUUUAACAAGAAUUCAUUACAAGGCCCCAAGUGGCGAUGAACGAAGUCCAUGGGGUGAACAUGAAAUUGACUACAUAUUGAUCUUGAAGACCAAGAAUGAUAUAACAUUGAAUGCUAAUUACAAUGAAGUCAAGGAUUACAAGUACGUCAGUGCUGAGGAGUUGAAUCAAAUGUUUGAAGAUAAUAAAUUGGUAUUUACUCCUUGGUUUAAAUUGAUUUGCAAGACAUUCUUGUUCAAGUGGUGGUCUAAUUUGGACAACUUGUCACAAUUCAAGGAUGACGAAAUCCACCGUUUACUAUAG